AUGAAGAGGGAGAGAAGCAGCAGCAGCUCCGAGCUCAUGGGCCUGUCUGCAACUGGUAACUCCUCUUCUCCUCCUCCUCCUCCUCCUCCUUCCUCCUCCAUCAAUGGCCUGACAGAGAGGGAGAGAUUCUCUGGGUGGAUGGGUGCAGGAGAGGAAGGGGUCUACGAAGAUGAGGACGGCGGCGGCGGAGCGGCGGGGGCGGCGGGAGGGGAGAGGAAGAGGCGGCUGAGCGGGGAGCAGGUGAGGGCGCUGGAGAGGAGCUUCGAGGAGGAGAACAAGCUGGAGCCGGAGAGGAAGGUGAGGCUGGCGGAGGAGCUGGGAUUGCGGCCACGGCAGGUGGCGGUGUGGUUUCAGAACCGAAGAGCGAGGUGGAAGGCGAAGCAGCUGGAGAGGGACUACGCCGCCCUCAAGUCCGACUACGACGCCCUCCGCCUCUCCCUCGACGCCCUCACCGCCGAUCGCAAAGCCCUCCUCGCACAGGCAAGCAGGCCCUCCUUAUCUUCCUCCUCCGCCAAGUUCCCUCGUUCAAGCUCCUCAUCCUCCUCUUUCAAGCUCCUUACCCUCCUCACCCUUCUCCAAACUCCUUAUCAUUCUCCGAGCUCUUUAUCCUCCCUCUCCUCCAAAGUCCUUAUCAUCCUCCUGGAAACUCGUCCAAAGUCGUCCUACUGCUGCGCCGGUGUUGUUCUGGAUAGCUGACGGUGGGGAUGGGAGCUGGGCAGGUGGAGGAGCUGCGGGCGAGGACCAGCGACAAGGAGGAGGAGGUGGUGGCGGGGGAUGAGUGCGACAGCAAGGUCGGCCUCUCGGAGGAGGAGCCGCUGCUACCGGCGGAGAGCGACGAUUCCGCCGCCGUCGUCACCGGCGCCGGCGAUGAGUGCAGCCCCAAUCCUCGGGGGCAGCCGCAGCUGACGGGGCCUCCGCCGCCCAUCCCGUCCCUGGACGGCGCCGCCGCCGCCGACGGCUAUUACUACUGCGACGGCCCUCCGCCUUUCUACCACCGCCACCUCUCCGGCUCUCCUCCGCCGGUGGUAGUGAGGAUGGUGGAGGAGCACGACUUCCUGAGCAGCGACGAGCCCUUCGGCGGCGGUGGCGGCGGCCUCUUCACCGACGACCAGCCGCCCACUCUCUCCUGGUACUACUCCGACCAGUGGAGCUGA